AUUUUUUUUAACGAAAAUGAUAAUUUCCAGACUGCUGGGCAGUUUUUGUUUGAUUUGUUUUUGUGUGGGCGAUAAAAGAUUAUUAAUAGAUCAACUAAGAUGGGACUUUUUGGAAUUGGAAAACGAGCUUUGGAAUUUGUCGUCGAACGGGUUGUUGUACAUGACCCGAGAGGAGGUCGAGCCUUAUUUGUGUGAGAAAUUUCAGGAUUUUGACAAGAAAUUAAUGCAGAUGCCCCAAGACCUAUACGGAUCAGAAACGAUGAGAUGGAUACCAAAAUUUUCGUCUUUUCAGUCAGAAUUAAAAAAAAUCGAAACUUUAUAUCAGAGCUUUAGAGACUACCAGCAACACGUAAUGGCAGAAAGUUCUGAUGGGGCGUCAUUGGAAGAUAAUAUCUAUGAUAUUAGGAAUAAUAAAAGCGGAGUUGAAAAUUCUGAUAAGAAGUCAUUGGAAGAUAAUAUCUAUGAUAUUAAGAACAAUAAAAGUGGAGCUCAAAAUUCUGAUAAGAAGUCAUUGGAAGAUAAUAUUUAUGAUAUUAAGAACAAUAAAAGCGGAGCUGAAAAUUCUGAUAAGGCGUCAUUGGAAGAUAAUAUCUAUGAUAUUAAAAACAAUAAAAGCGGAGCUGAAAAUUCUGAUAAGGCGUCAUUGGAAGAUAAUAUCUAUGAUAUUAAAAACAAUAAAAGCGGAGCUGAAAAUUCUGAUAGGGCGUCAUUGGAAGAUAAUAUCUAUGAUAUUAAGAACAAUAAAAGCGGAGCUGAAAAGACCGUUGGUCGCGAAUAUGAAAAUGCUUAUGAAGAUUAUAAUGAAACUUUAUAUCGGAAGUUUGAAGACUACCAGCAACAAGAAAUGACAGGAAGUUCUGAUAUAGUGAGAUUGGAAGAUAUUAUCUAUGAUAUUACGAACAAUGAAAACGGAGCUGAAAAGACCGCUGAUCGCGUAUAUGAAAUUGCUUAUAAAGAUUCUGAUGGAAUUCAAGAAAAACUCAACGAGCAGAAUAUUGAUUUCGACUGCAGACGCGAACAACAAUCGCCCCAACAGCCCUUUUACAAUUUAUAUAAUUUGUUUGCUUUUACCGAUCUUAAAGCUUAUAUUCUGCAACAAUUCAGUCAUUUAGUCAAUCGACUCCAAAAUAAAGGCAAGUAG